AUGAAGGAUGAUGAAACCUUGUCCGUGUAUCUCACUCGUUUGCUUGAGUUGGUGAAUCAAAUGAAGGGGUAUGGAGAAGAUUUAUCAGGAGGAAGAUUGGUUCAGAAAUUGCUUAUAAGUCUGACUAAAGAGUUUGAUCCAAUGUGUUAUGUAAUUGAGCAAACUAAGGUCAUUGAAACUAUUGAGGUGCAAGAAGUCAUUGCUGCACUAAGAGGUUUUGCUCAAAGGCUUGAUAGGCAUGCUGAGAGUACCACUGAAAGAGCUUUCAGUAGUAUGAGUGUGAAUCAGAAGGGAACCCAGUCAAGUUCUUCUUCUAGUGAUGCUAAGCCAAAGAAGAACUGGAAAUCGAAGGGUAAGAAAUGGGAUUCUAAACCUCACAACUCUGUCAAUCAAGGAGGAAAAUCAUAUCAGGCUAAGGGAAAAUGCAAGCAUUGUGAUAAACUACACUAUGGAGACUGUUGGUUUAAAGGGAAGCCAAAAUGCUAUGGUUGCAAUUGA